GGGCGUGGGGCGGGGCCGGCCGGGCCACGCUUUGUUCGGCGGCCGGGAGCCAGGCGCUGCGCUUUGUCCCGCCGGGAGCGUGUCCGGCUCUGGGUCUGAGCCAUCGUCUGGGUCAGGAUGAGCUGGAGUUUCCUGACCCGGCUCCUGGAGGAGAUCAACAACCACUCAACCUUUGUGGGCAAGGUCUGGCUCACUGUCCUCAUCAUCUUCCGCAUCGUGCUGACCGCUGUGGGCGGCGAGUCCAUCUACUACGACGAGCAGAGCAAGUUUGUGUGCAACACGCAGCAGCCGGGCUGCGAGAAUGUCUGCUACGAUGCCUUCGCGCCCCUCUCCCAUGUCCGCUUCUGGAUCUUCCAGAUCAUCAUGGUGGCCACGCCCUCUGUCAUGUACCUGGGUUUCGCCAUGCACCGCCUCGCCCGCGGGCCAGAGGGCCGCCAGCGGGGGCCUGGGCGCAUGCCCAUGGUGCGGCGGGGCGCCGGGCGGGACUAUGAGGAGGCAGAGGAGGAUAACGAGGAGGAUCCCAUGAUCUUCGAGGAGAUAGAGGUGGAGAAGGAGAAGGGCGGGGAGCGGGGCGAGAAACACGAUGGGCGCCGGCAGAUCCGCCAGGACGGGCUGAUGAAGGCCUACGUGCUGCAGCUGUUGUGUCGCUCGGUGCUGGAGGUGGCCUUCCUCUUUGGGCAGUACAUGCUGUAUCACUUGGAGGUGAGCCCCUCCUACGUGUGCAACCGCAGCCCCUGCCCGCACACCGUCGACUGCUUCGUCUCCCGGCCCACCGAGAAGACCAUCUUCCUGCUCAUCAUGUACGCGGUCAGCGGGCUCUGCCUCCUCCUCAACCUCCUCGAGCUCUGUCACCUGGGGGUUGGCCGCAUCCGGGACUUGCUGCGCCAGGGCAGUGACAGCCCGCGCCCCCAUGACGGCCACACUGGGCCGCCCUAUGCCAAGAAGGCCCCCAGCGCGCCUCCCACCUACCACUCGCUGAAGAAAGAACCCCCCAAGGGCCAGCUGGCCAACGGGAAGCUGGACUACAGUGAGAACCUGGCCAGCUCUGCAGCCCAGUGCUCCCGUGAGCACGAGCUGGACCGGCUGCGCAAGCACCUCUGCAUGGCCCAGGAGCACCUGGAGAUGGCCUUCCAGCUGAACCGCCCGCUGGAGACAGCCAGCCCCUCGCGCAGCAGCAGCCCUGAGGCCAACGGUCUCGCUGCCGAGCAGAACCGCCUCAACUUGGCCCACGAAAAGGAAGGGUCUGCUUGUGAGAGAACCACAGGAUUGUGAGCAGCUGGGCCCCUCGGGGCGGCUGCAGAGAUGGCGACGGGGACUGGCAAUGUGCUCCAGAGGAGACCACUGGAGCCUGGACAACCUGUGCUGGGGAAACGGGGUGGGGGAAUGGACAGGGUUGGGGGCUGAGCUUCCAAGGAGGGAGGAGGCCUGGGCUGGGAAGCCCUCUGCCUCCUGUGGGGCUCCAGCAGGGCAGGCUGGCAUGGGGAGGAACAUUCCUUCACUCUUCUCACUUUUUUAGAAAAGGGAAUUUUUAUUUUUGUACUUUUUAUAAACUUCUCAGUGCACAGCCCCAGCCCCCGCCCCAAACACCUGCGGCCCUCCUCCCCUCUGGGACCUUCAGCCAGCCCCUUCCCAGCCCUGGGACACUCUCCUCCUCCUUCUCCUCCCCCCCCGCCCCCGCCCCCAGCAGUGAGGGUCGCUGCACUGGCAUGGGGAAAGGUUUGCAGUCGCAUGGAGGCGGUUGAUGCUCAGUUGCUUUCCCACAGUGGCAGGGAGCUGUCUGAGUGGGAAUCCCAGGGGAUCCAGCAGGGCUGGGCCGACGUGCACUAGUCGCUUGGGGUCCCGCCUCCCAGCUGGGUCUGACGUCUUCACCUCAAUCUUGUGGCUGCGCUGGGCCUGGGGGAGCCGAGCCCGUGGAGACGCCUACCCAGUGUUGCGGGCAGACUGGGUUGCACUGAGCUUUCAGUAUGGGGCAUCCAUUCCCGGGGAGGGGAGGGGAGCUGGUUCCCAGCUGAGCUGCCAGGGGCAAUGGCAAGUCUCUGCGCAGGAGAGCCCUGGCCACCCUGGGUUUUUGUCAGGGGGCCUGCAGGGUUCUUCUGUUCCAGACAGGCCCCUGGGUGUCCCCUUCACCUCAUGCUCUCUGGAUUGGCUGGUGUAGGGAGUUGUAGAUUAGCCAGAGGCUGAGCAGGUCUCUGGGGGGGGUGAAUAGGGCACUAUGAGGUGGGGGUUUACAGGCUACCCAGUGGGAGGGCAGAGGCCGCGCUGAGGGGGCAGCUGUGCUGCAAACUUGGCCCCAAGGGCCAAAGACCCCCAUUGAUUGUAACGCAGGUUGUGGUGGCAGCGGCACAAGGCCCCCCCACGCCGCACACGUAGGUACGAACUGCCAGGCUGGGGGCUCUGCACAGGGCCUGGUGUCUGCUGUGCAUGGGGCAGAGGGGCUGGCAUCUCUGGCUCCCUGCCAGUGGGGCCAGUGUGGAAGGGGCCCUGGCCCAGCCUGUCUCCCUCACUUCCCCUGCCAGCAGCUUUGCGUCUGGCUGGCUGGUGCUUGGGCCAAAGCUGAUUUGGUUACAUUCCAAGACUCCGGCGUCCUGGAGACAUCUGCUUUCCUGUCUGGGGCGUGGCACGGCUAAUGCGGGUUCCUGUGCUGCGGCAGGGGGCCUGCGUGCCUUCGGACAGUCCAGAACCAGCUGGGAAAUGCUGGGUGUGUCUGAUCAGCUCAGCCUGGGUCACGUGAUUAUUUUGUGUCUUUGCUUUUUACUCAAAUGAUUAUGAAGUUUUUAUAUUUUAGUAAAACCUGGAGAUGUUUUGUACAGAG